UAAGAGACCUUCUAGAACCCUAAUACUAAAUAGUAAAAGAAGCCGUACGGGAUUAAAGACACGCCGCUUCACUUCAUCUUCCCCUAACCCCUCCAAUCCCAUAAAAUCCACCGCACCCUACUGAGCUUCUCUGCAACACAAGCGUAAAUUCGCCUCUCUCUCCACCACCCAAACUUCACAGUUCUGAACCCUAAUACCCAAAUCCAGUUUCCUCUCAAGCACCGGUCACCCAUCUCCAAACACCACCUCCACUUCCCCGGUCAUCCACCCUCAUCAAGCACCGGCCGUCGCCACCACUCACACGAUCCAUCUCGUUCUCCGGUCACCCACCACCGUACUCCUUCUCCACCUUGAACCCCAAUCGCCGUACAAGGACGUAUUUCGGCCGUCUCCGGCGGUGGAAUGGACGCAUCAAUCACUGAAUUCGUAUACAUGUAUAUGUAAAUCAAUAUGCAGGGUGUGAAGAGGGCACAGGGUUAGGAUGAAGAUGCAGUGAGAUGACGGCACAGCUUCUUACAGACCAACUGAAGAUUUCAAACGUCCUUAAAGAGCAGCCCUUCAUUAGGAAGGAUGGUGUGGUGAUCACAAGAGAACAUUGCCAGAGGUUAAAUCCAAGAUUCAAAUACGGAAACAAGACGUCUUUAAACUUGAUCGAGUGUUUGUACUUGCAAGAUAUUCUCCCUGGAAUUCUCAACCAGCUAGCGUCAAACCAGGUGUCCAUUGAUGAAGCUGGAAGAAAGUUCAGUGUGGAAAAACCAGGUGUCCAUGACGAUGAUCUGGUCUUCAUUGAAGAACCAAGUAUUGUUGAUUUUAAACCAUUAGAAGAACUUACGAGUUACAGUGAAAAAGGGUCAUCAGUCUCCACAGUUGGAUUAUCUUGUAAAAAACUGGGAAUAUAAACAAGAAAAUGUUGUGAGAACUUCUAAGGGAAGAGCUUGAAAAUUUAAGCGAACAACGUCAAGUCGAGCUUAAGAAUUUAGAAUUAUUAGAACAACAUUGUUUUGAAGAAGAAAGCUAUGGAGGUGAUAAACCUCCUGUUUCAGUGUCGGAUGAAGUUCACGAAAUUGAUGGCGAGUAUGAUACAGUUACAUAUCGGAAGCAACAAGCUUUACAUGUGCGGAAGUUAUUGAAAGCCAGUGUUAACAAAGAGCAGAUACUUAUGGAGAAACUGAAUUGCGGUAUUUGUUCUUCAAAACGCACCCGUUGUUAUCGGCCAUCAGGAUAAAGAAUUGCGGUAUCGGUUCAUCUGUAAUCCUUUUUCAAAUUAGUGAUUGCUUAAGGUUGUCAUAUGAUGUAUAUCUUUGGCUUAUAAAACGCGGGGCAAAUCUACAUAUUGAAGACAAGUAUGCUUUUUUCACAGUUUUUUGUUGUAUUUUAUUCAUUCUUUUAGCUUCUUUCAAUCGGUUAUUUCUUUUCCUUGACAUUAUUUUAUCACACAUCUUGUUUUGUUAAACCUAAUUUUAUUUUGUAGAAAAAAGCAAUGGGCAGAGGUAGCCGUUUCUAAUACCGCUAGCAAUUAUUGUUCUUGACAUGUACACUCAAUGGUGAAUUAAUUAGCUUAAUUGCUUAUCCGGUAUUAUUUUCA